GUCUCCGCAGGGCCCCGCAGGACAUCAGUCUGGAAGAGUUUGAUGACGAGGAUUUGUCCGAAAUCACCGACGAUUGUGGCAUUGGCCUGAACUACGACUCUGACCAUUAUGAGAAGGACUGCCUGGUGCUGGAGCGAUGCGAACAGCCCCACCCCAUCUGCUCCUUCCAGGAUGACUUCCAGGAGUUUGAGAUGAUUGAUGACAAUGAGGAAGAUGAAGAGGAAGAGGAGGAGGAGGAGGAGGAAGGGACCAUGCUGGAGAAGGGGCCUCCCUCCCCGUCUGUCUCUCCAAUACCUUCACCCACCCUGGGGGAGACCCAGAAGCACCGGCCCACGACUCUCCACCUGACCGCCACUGGCACGCAGGACUCCCUGAACAACAACAGCAGCAGCUGCAACCCGGCCGCCGGUCCCCAGAGAGCCACCUGGCAGGAGACGCUGCGCCUGGCCUCGCCCUCGUCCUCCUCCUCUUCUGCGGCCCACGCGGAACGCUCCUCUCCCUCGCACCCGUGUCUCCAGGAUAGGCCCUGCUUGGACGUUCAGAGCAGCAAAGGCCCGGAUCCUGCACAGCCUCCUUGCAAGCCCAGUGUUUACGACGCGGAAGGCAACAGCCGCAACUUUCAGGGGGGGCCGCCGCCUGCCCGCCACGGAGAAGACUACAACAAGAAUAUCGUCUCCUCCGUGUUGUCGCAUUCACGACCUCCUUCGGCGCCCCCCAGCCAGGCAUCCACCAAGCCCCAAGAUGUGGCUAGGGGCCCAGAGGCCCACCUCCCGACCACCAGCCCCCACCGGUCAGCGGCCACAGACAGCUACUGCACCCGAUUCCAGAGAGAUGCGGCAGGCUGCAGGGAGCCGGAGGCGAGAGUCAGCAGCCCGGCUGGCUGUGCUGGAAGCAACGUGGGCCACAGAUCUCCCACUGCCCUGGGUGGCCAGGGCAGCCCCGUGCUGUCUGAGGAGGCGCUAGCAAAGGGCUACAGAGAUGCCAGGCCCGGAGGGGGCCGCCCACUAGGGGCUCCCACCAGCCCUGUCAGGGAGACAACGGAGCCGCUCAGCUCUGAAGGAGAGGGUGCUCAGGGAAGCCGGGCGUCCGCCAGUGUGCGGGGGCUGCCCUCUGCCUCAUCGGACAGCACGUCCCCCUCAUCGGAUCCUGGCAUAGAGGCAGAUCUCACCAGCCGCAACUCCAAGGGCUACCUGCCUUGCAGCCGGCACAGCGAGGAGCUCAGCUCCCCCGGCUCAGACUCGGACGUGGAGGGGGAAAUCGAGGCCGCCUUCGCCUGCGGCGGGAACCGCCUGUCCAGCAACAUGAUCUCCAGCAUCUCGGAAACUGAGCUGGACCUGAGCAGCAGCAGCAGCGGCCGCUCAUCUCACCUCACUAACUCCAUCGAGGAGGCCAGUUCUCCGGGGUCGGAGGCAGACCUGGAGGCGGACCUGGCCGCUCAGGUGGUGCUGGGCCUGAAGGACGCCCUUCUUCUUGACACCACAGGCAAGGACAACAGGACCGUGGACGUGCCGCCAGGAGAGAGCGUGCUGCAGAGGGACAGCCGGGCGCCACUCAGAAUUGAAGAAUUCUACGAAGACCCCUCCGCCCCUAUCGACCAGACGGACGUGCCACUCUCGAGCGCUCUGGAGCUGGAGAUCAACCCCGACCACAGCCUGGAGACCCUGCGCCAUUCCUUCUACUUGCCCGUCGGGCCCAAGCUCAUCCCCGAGGGGGAGGAGGAUGAAGGGAACAGCGAGUAUGAAUCAGACUCAGACUCCGAGUCAGAACCGGAUCUGAGCGAGGACUCGGACUCCCCCUGGCUCCUCAGCAACCUGGUGAACAAGAUGAUCUCGGAGGGCUCCUACCCCAUCAAGUGCGCAGAGGAGUGCUUCCCCGCAGCCCACUCCCUUUCAGACACCAUCUCUCCCGCCUCUGACCUGGAGCCGGAGAUCCCCAGUGAGGCCCUGAGCGAGGAGCAGCUUUGUCCCCGGCAAAGCAUCGAGCUGGUCGACAUGGAGACCCUCCGCUGCUCCCUCCAGAGCGCGGCAGAAGAGAAGACCACCGAAACCAGGCCUGUUGCUGAGCUGGAGCGUCUGUCGAGCGACACGGGGCCCUACCUGCUCAUGAGCAACCCCACCGAGGACACCAUCACCCCCGUCUUCCCUGGGCGGCUGCUCUCCGGCUGCUGCAAGGUGCCGGCCAAAGUCUUGCCUUCCAGAGAGGCCCCCUGCAAGGCUGAGCCGCCCACCCUGUCGGAGGACUGGGCGAUCGAGGGCGACCUGGAUUCAGGCAUCUUGGAGGACAAAGACAUGAUCGAUGACAUCCGGUUAGAGCGUCCCGACGGCCUGGAUGUCUCCACGGCCAAGACCAACCGCUGCUUCCGCUUGGCGUAUUCCCCCGAGGAAGACGAGGUCCCCUGCCUGGGCAGCCGGAAGGGCUCCCUGUCGGUGGAGGAGUUGCCCCUGCCCCCGCCUGCCGUGGCGCUGGACGACUCCCUGGCCUACGACUCCAUCAAGUACACCCUGGUGGUGGACGAGAACACGCAGCUGGAGCUGGUGAGCCUCAAGCGCUGCACCUCUCUGCUGAGCGACGACAGCGAGGAGUUGCGGGCCUGCGAGGGGGCCGACCUGGAGGACGCAGCCAGUGACUUUGAGGACGGGCUGGUGGUCCCCGGCGGGCGCAGCUGCUCCUCCUCAGAGGACUCCUCGCCAGAGGCAGACCUCCACUUCUCCAAGAAGUUCCUCAACGUCUUUGUCAACAGCACGUCCCGCUCCUCCAGUAAGUGCCACCUUGUCUGUCU